UGACACGUGGAGGUCUCAUGAUCUUGAAUUCAACCAGUGGCGCAUUUUAUCAUCACCCGCCCCUUCCGCCGCCCCAUCCUUCUGACCACCAAACACACAACACAACACAAGGCAACAAAAACACAUUAAAAACAUGUUACUCUCCAUCUCCCCGCCACCCUCACUUACCCUCCACCCCAAUGCGCACUUUAGCCCCUCCAUGUCCAUCCUACGCCGCCUCCACCUGAACCUCCGCACCCGCAUCCGCCCCCGCCGCCUCGCCACCGUCUCCGCCGCCGUACGCCAGGACACCACCCUCUGGACCCCCGCCCCGCUCUCCGAGGUCGAGCCCGCCGCCGAGUCCCUCUUCCACGUCUCCAUCGACCUCUCCGACGCGCCCGACCUCGCCGCCUCCCACACACGCGCCGGCCAGUACCUCCAGGUCCGCGUCCCCCACGCGCCCAAGCCCUCCUUCCUCGCCAUCGCCUCGCCACCCAAGCUCGCCGUCGCGCGCGGCGUCUUCGAGUUCCUCGUGAAGAGCGUGGUGGGGUCCACCGCCGAAGCGCUCUGCGCCUUGAAGAGAGGGGAUGUCGUCGAACUAAGCCAAGUCAUGGGAAACGGAUUCAACAUCGAACAGAUCGACCCGCCCAAGAAAUUCGAAACCGUUCUCGUCUUCGCCACUGGAUCUGGAAUUAGUCCAAUUCGGUCCCUAAUUGAGUCAGGAUUUGACGCUGGGAAGAGGUCUGAUGUGAGACUAUAUUAUGGGGCAAGAAACCUUCAGAGAAUGGCUUAUCAGGAUAGAUUUAAAGACUGGGAAUCUUCCGGUGUGAAGAUUGUGCCUGUAUUAUCUGAACCAGAUGAGAGUUGGACUGGUGAAAGUGGCUAUGUCCAGGCUGCAUUCACAAGAACGAAGCAAAUAUAUAACCCACUGGCAACUGGUGCUGUACUUUGUGGACAGAAACAGAUGACCGAGGAAGUGACAUCAAUUCUUGUUGCUGAUGGUGUAUCCGCUGAUAAGAUAUUGAAGAACUUCUGACCAAAAAUGGAAUAUGGGCAGUGUUGUAUCAUUUUUGAAUUUGAAUUAUACUCAAUAAUUAUUUGUUCAUUGCCUUUGCUGAGGAUAUAGUAUCUCAGCGUGGAAUGUACAAUAAAAGAACAAUUUUGGAUAUUAGAAUAUCCGGCCCUUGAUCACUUUCGGGGUGGAUCCAAACAUAGGACGGGAAUACCUGGCUUAAGAAAGUUGGAGAACUUCCAAUGGUUAAGUCGUUGCACUCUGUUACAAAGCCAAUCUUUUGGUUUACGAGUGCCUGUAUUAUCAAUGCAGCAAGUCAUCAUAUAUUGACAUUAUGGUUGACAAGCAAUCGAGCUGAUUUUAUUUAAACUUGA